AGCUGUGACGUCAGGGGCGCAAGGUAGGUAUGUGAGAUAUACCCCCAGUCAAAGCUUCCUCUUCUACAGCACUCAUCAGCUUGGCCCGGUCAGGAGAGUGAGCCUAAAGUUUUGAGAUUUCUUACAGGGAAACAUCUAGUGCUUUCUCAAAACACACAAAAUGGCAGAAGAGGCCAUUAAGUCCAAAGCAGGCGGUGAGCAAAAGAGAGCUCAACGGGCUCCGUCCAACGUUUUUGCCAUGUUCAGACAGUCCCAGGUGCAGGAGUUCAAAGAGGCCUUCACCAUGAUUGACCAGAACCGUGAUGGCAUCAUUGAUAUUGAAGACCUCAAAGAUAUGUACUCAAAUCUUGGGCGUAUCCCACCUGACUCUGAGUUGAAUGAGAUGCUGAAGGACGCCCCGGGCCCCAUCAACUUCACAACUUUCCUCAACUUGUUCGGUGAAAAACUUAGCGGUACCGACCCUGAAGACACAAUUAGACAAGCGUUUUCAAUGUUUGAUACUGAAGGCAAAGGCUUCAUUCCCGAAGAAUACUUGAAAGAUUUGCUGUCCAACAUGGGUGAUAACUUUACUGCUGAAGAAAUCAAACAAACAUGGAAAGAGGCACCUUUGGAGAAAGGCAAAUUCGACUACAACACAUUUGUUGGUAUCCUGAAGGGCAAAGAAGAUGAUGGAGCACCCUAAGAGGGGCACGCCAUGCACUGUUAACUUCUAGAAACUACAUACACUUAUUCUCUUUUCAUUUGCUUGCCAUUUGAUCUUUUUAAGAACCAUAUUAUAAAUUUUUGAAGUCCAUUAAUAAAAAUCAUUAGAAACCAUAAAUCCUGAUACAUAAAAGAAAUAAAUUGAUUUUUUUUGGUCAUAGAUUUUUUAUUUUGGUUUUUGGUUGAAAAAAAAAACAACACUUGAAAUCUUGAUAGAAAUCUUUUCAGAAUUUAUUGGCAUUAAAGUUGGCAGUUCAAUAAGUAACCCGGAACUGUUUCAGGCCAAAGAGUGUCAUCAUUCCAUUUUCACGUAAUAGAACUCUUUUGCGAGCAACCAAGUUUGUAGUGCUUUCACUCUGACCUGUCCAAUCGCACUGAAGCUCCAGACUGUUAUCAAGUUCAGUUGAAUUUUUCAUGCAUUCAGUUAUUGUCUGGGGGCCACUGGGAGCUACCAGCGACCAAACUUGAAAAAGUGAUAUGUACUAUGGAGGUGCAUCAACUUGUCAUUGUGGAAAAUUACAACCUUGUUACGUUCUAAUAAUUUGCUGAUAGGCGUGGUCGUAGAUGUUUUCCUGGGAGUCCAGCAGCUAAAAAGGGGCCAUAAAUAUUCUGUUGUUAAAAUAACUUUACAACAUCUUACGACGCGAAAUAUUCCAACACUAACAUCUUUUAAAUGCGGGACACAUACUACCAACUAUAUAUACCGCUGCGGCCUUUUGGGGAGAGUUGCGGCCCGCCUUGAACGAUGCAAAGAGUUAACUUUCUGUUGGCCUGAAACAAUUUUAUGUAAUUUAUCUCCCUUUUCUGAACUAAAGAAUUUUUUUCUGUUAACUCCCUUUGUUUAGAUUUUAGACGACCUCUGUUAUUCAUUUUUUUUUUAUUUGUGUGUGCGUGUGUAUCUUUGGGAGUUGUGUUCUGUCCAAGAGAACGAGUAAAAGAAAACAGAUUGAAUGAUUAAGUUUGUUUUUUUUUUAACUCGUAGCAAGUGUAGGGAUACUAGUUCUCUUUUUCUAAACAAAAAAAAAAUUUCGUGUUAAAAGUUGAUCGUGAGGCCCAAACAUGUCACAUUGUUUUGACAGAGUUUGGGCACUCACGAACCGUUCAUCUGGAAAGCUGUGUUAAAUAAAGAACUAGAACAAAAUAUUUUGAUACAUAUGUAUAUUAUAAGUUAUUUUGUGUCUCUCUCUUCACUGUAUCUUGACAAUGUAUAUCGACAAAUUAAAAAGUUGUCACCAAAACGGUUUUUUUUUUAUAUAAAACAAAACAAAAUUUGUCUUUUACUUUGUCAGGACUGUAUAAUAUUUUUUUUUAAAUUGUGUACUUUUUGUUUUGUUUUGUCUACCAUCUCUUGAGAUGAUCGGGCAACGUGUGUGAUAGGCUGGCACUGAAGUGGUCAUGUACAUGCCCACAGGGCUUCUAAUACCAACGGCGAAGCCCUGAUUCAUGUGGAGUGUGUUCCUACAUCCUAUUUAUUAAAUUUUAAUAAAAAUAAAAAAAAACAUCUGUGCACAGACA